AAUGAAGAACAAUGUUGAUGUAGUUAGAAUGUUAGUUGUCUCAAAACAUCCACAUGAGCUGGUAGAGUCAGAGUCAAAAGAACCUCCCAUUUUGGAAGAAAUUGUUGUGGGAUUUGACAAUGUAACAAUUAAAAUUACAGAACAACUUGUUGGAGGAACAGGCCAGCUGCAAAUUAUUUCCAUCUUUGGGAUGCCUAGACUUGGUAAGACGACCUUGGCAAAUAAAUUAUAUAAUCAUCCCUCCGUUUUACAGCAUUUUGACAAGCGUGCCUGGUGUGUUGUUUCUCAAAUGUAUAAUAAGGAAAAUGUUUUGAUUGAAAUUUUGAGCUUAAUGAGUAACAGUAAGAGGGACACAUACAUGAAUAUGGAGGAAAUAAGCUUGGCUAAAAAUCUUUACCAAAGCAUAAUAGGAAGCCGAUACCUCAUUGUGAUAGAUGAUAUAUGGGAUAUCAAUGUGUGGAUUGAUUUGAAAAGAUAUUUUCCAGAUGACGGAAAUGGAAGCAGAAUCUUAUUCACUACUCGAAAUAAAGAAGUGGGUUUGAAAGCUUUACCUCGUAAUGUCAUAAAGGAACUUCCUUUUCUGUCGGAAGUUGAAUGUUGGGAAAUAUUACAAGAAAAAGUGUUCCAAGAUAAAAAAAUGUCCUCAAGAAUUCCUAGACAUUGGCAAGCAAAUUGCAAAAAGCUGCCAGGGCCUACCACUUGCAGUGGUCGUGAUAGCUGGAGUUCUUGCAAACAUGGAGAAGAAAGAACUCUUGUGGGAAAAAGUUGCAAGAAACUUAAGUUCACAUAUAUCCGAAAUACCAGAGAAGCACAUCCAAAUAUUGCAGCUUAGCUACAACCAUUUACCAAUGCAUUUGAAACCAUGUUUUCUUUACUUUGGAGAAUUCGAGGAAGACAAGGAGAUCCCUGUAAGGAAGUUGAUAUCUCUCUGGGUUGCCGAAGGUUUUAUAAAGAAGGAAGAAAAGAAGAACAUAGAGGACGUGGCACGAGACUAUCUAAUGAAACUGAUUGAUAGGAGCCUAGUACUUGUUGCUGAAAGAAGAUAUGAUGGAGGAGUCAAAACAUGCAAGAUUCAUGAUCUAUUUCGUGAAAUGUGCUUGAAAAUAGCUGAAGAAAAUAACUCCUUGAAGUUAAUCUCAGAUAGUGAUGAUGAUGAUGAAGAUAAACAACAGUUCUUCAGUCAAGUAUCAACGUAUCAGCAGCACCAUUGUUUGAGUAUCAACUACAUGGACUAUCCUAGUGGCCUACACGUACGCUCUCUUCUAUAUGAUUUUGUUUUUGAGAGCACAGUCACAUUAAUCUCAUGCAGCUACAAAGUUCUUAGGGUCUUUGAUUUUAAGAACAGGUCAACAAUCCUAGAUCUAGUGAUAGGAUUUGAAAAUAUGGUUCACUUAAGGUACUUGGCAAUUUCAUAUAAAUGGCAACCAUUGGAUUUGGAAAGGUUCCACAAACUAGAAUUUCUUGUUGUGGACAAUGUUGAUAAAGUUGAAAUACCUGAGAUCCUUCUUAAUAUGGUGAGUUUGAGACACAUGGAGUUCAAGGGCGGUGCAUACUUCGGUGAAUCUAGUCGUCAACUAGCAACUAAUAGUAAGAGCUUCCAAAUAAAUAUCCUACAAAGUAUUUCUGUACUCUCAAUUUACCAUGAAAUGGAUGAGAAAAUUUUGAGAUGUUUACCCAAUCUUCGUAGACUGAAAAUCAAUGUUGAAAAUUCACCAAAUCAUUCGUUCGAUUUCCUUAAUCAGCUUGAAUCGUUGAAUCUAUUUUUUUAUUCUACCAAUUUGAUCGGUUUGCCCUUAAAUUUGAAAAAAUUGAGACUGCAAUUUGGAGAUGUGUGA